AUGUGUCACAGAGGUCUGGUAGAGGUUGGGAAGGAUUUGACGGCAGGCACCAUGGCCGGUAUUGCCCAACUGCUGGUUGGUCAUCCUUUUGACACAGUGAAGGUGAAGCUGCAGUCUCAAAUGAACAGUGGGAGCCAUGGGCAACCGAACCCUAGUGCUGUGGAUACCGUGAAGAAGAUCAUGGCCACCGAAGGACUCAGGGGAUUGUACCGCGGCCUCAGCGCUCCACUAGCCUCUGUAGCAUUAUUUAACGCUGUCCUGUUCACUGCAAGAGGUCAAAUGGAAACUUUUCUGUUGCGAAACUCAAGAUCCUGCACUACACUCACCAUUCCACAGCAAAUGGUAGCCGGUGCUGGAGCUGGCUUUGCGGUUUCUUUUGUUGCAUGUCCAACGGAACUUGUCAAGUGUAGACUCCAAGCACAAAGAAUCUUGAGUGAUCUUGAAGCUCCUGCAAUUCCAAGGCCUUCACCGAGGAAGUACGGUGGGUGCCUGGACGUGGCAAAACAUAUAUUUCGCCAAGGAGGUAUUCUAGGGUUUUAUAAAGGGCUAACGCCCACAUUCCUAAGAGAAGUGUUUGGUAAUGCGGCAUACUUCGGAUCCUAUCAAGGUACAAAGCAGUUAGAAGGGGGCUCCGCAAGCAAUCUAGGCACAGGUUCACUGUUACUCGCUGGAGCAGUUGCAGGGGCUAUGUUCUGGUUGUGUGUCUACCCUGCAGAUGUGAUCAAGAGUGUAAUCCAGGUGGAUGACUACACAAAUCCUAAGUACACUAGUACAUUUGAUGCGUUCAGGAAGGUAAUCAAGUCGCGGGGGGUGAAAGGGUUAUACUGUGGAUUUGGGCCAGCUAUGGCGAGAAGCAUCCUGGCAAACGCUGUUUGUUUUUUUGUAUACGAGCUAGUUCGAAAGGCUUUGAAGUAGAAAAAAUAAUAUCAAAGAGGGAAAUGUUUUCGAGACUGAUAAUAAUCAGUCUAAAACAAAGUGGAUUUUCAUCA